ACUGGAUUUCACUAGUGUGAUAACAAAUGAAUCACAACUCGUUUCGUCUUAUUUAAAGAUUAAUAUCUGCAACAAGUGGUUGACAAUCUUGAAGAUAACGUUGGAGAGUUUCGGACAGUUAAAGAGGCUAAAAGUUUUGUCAAAAAUAGCUCUUCAUCUGCUGAUUAAGAUGCAAUUAUCACUUCAAAGAUUACUAUGAAAACAACCAGAGGAGUAUAAAAUCUCAGUUUGUGUGCUAAAGGAAUAAGUUGAUUCCCUGCUUUUUGUGCUGUGGAUUUUAGUCUUUUGGAACGAUGGAUGCUAAACCUUGUGAUGCUACUAACGAUAUGAACGGAGUUCAUCGAACCAUGUAUUGAAAAUAACAUGGAAUCGGUUGUCUUGGGCUUCAAGAUCCAAAACUUCUCGACAUAUAAAUAUUACAACAAGACGAGAAGAAAAUGGGUCAGCAAAAGGAAGAAACAGGUGGAAAUGGGAAAGGCUUCUUAUUAACCUUAAAAAACACAUUCAGCCAGACUACGGUGGAGCCUUACCUUUUCUUUUGUCUCUUGGGAUACACAGCGAGACUCGUAUCUUUCCAGAGUCUCCUCAUGGACAGGUCCUGCAGGAACAUCUACGAGUUCGGUGACGAAAUCUGUGGAGAUCUUGACAAACAUUUAAAUGAAAAACUCAAAAGCUCCACAUCCGGAAACAAUCUUUACACUGGAGUGAUGCUACUGGGAAGCCUGCCUGCUGCCAUUGUUGCCGUCUUCUUGGGGCCUUGGAGUGACAAGUAUACAAGGAAGUAUCCAAUGAUUAUGUCAGCAACAGGCAUGUUCCUAGAGGCCCUUGCUAGUGCCAUUCUUACCUUCUUUCCGGGGGUUUCUCCCAUAUGGUACGUCGCUGCGUCCAUCUUCACUGGUCUUUCUGGGGGAUUCAUCAUCAGCGUAUCUUCUGCAGCUAGUUAUAUAUCUGACAUUACUGACGAAAGAAGCAGAGCAGGUCGUUUUGCAGUUGUGGAAUUCGCUAACAUCUGUGCCAUCGUCAUCGGCAACUUAAUUGGAGGCCAAAUUUACAAGAGCUACGGUUACCUGGAAGUGUUGGCCAUCUCUCCCAUCAGCUUCGGUUGUGCCAUACUCUACGCCAUUAUCUUCAUAAAAGAAACCAAAUCUCCAAUCCCAAAGGAGCGAAUAUGUGAGGUUAUGCGUGAUCUUUUAAGACUGGAUAAUAUCAAACAAAGCUAUAACACAUGCUCCAAAAAACGUCCCGGAAGCAUUCGAUUACAGAUCUGGUUGUUGAUCUAUAUCAGUUUUUGGCAAAGAUUCACAGAUAUGGGAAUGGUAUCGAUUCUCUUUUCAUUUACCAACAAAAUGUACGAAUGGGAUGUUACAGACGUAUCCAAUGCCUCCAUAUACUUCUACAUUGUAAACGCCAUUGUGACAGUAGUGUUUAUUCCUGUGAUGAGCAACAAAUUAAAACUCCAUGAAGCUGCCUUGGGUUUUUGUGGAAUGCUUUCGAUGCUUUCCAAAGUGUUCGUUACAUCCUUGGCAUUCAAAGAAUUCUUGUUUUAUUUCGCAUGGUUUAGUGGAACUUUGUCUACAGCAUCUUAUAUAAGUGUUAAAUCAAGAUUGUCGAAACUAGUGCGUAAAGAAGAACUCGGGAGUGCAUUUUCUCUAUUGGGCACCUGUGAGUCUAUAACACCUCUUCUGGGGUCUACGGCUCUCUUGCAAAUCCUCAACGCAGCCCCUGACUCCUUCGUCGGUCUUCCUUUUGCCGUUGCUGGAUUGCUUCUGAUUCCUUGCUUAUUCAUAUAUGUGUGGAUGAUGGGUCUUCCAACAGUAUCUUUUUCAGAUUUUGAGAGAGAUGUAGAGAAUGUAAAAGCGACACCUUUGCAAAAUGUUACCACUUCAACGUACAAUAGAUUGCAGGAAGAAAAAUUUUAACUAGAACCUUUGAAAUAAUUCAAAGAAUCAGAUCACAAAACUAUUUAGAAAGACACAAUCUCUUAGUAUUUCCAAAUGCAGAUUGUGAUGUAUGUAUCCACAAAAUAUCUUUUGUAAAUUCUUCAAAUUAGUACUGUAUGUUUGUGGUUAUUUUUUUUAGUGGUGAGCUGAAAGUUUAUUUUAUGAUUUCUACUUGUAAUGUGAGUGGUAAGAAAAGUUCACAAAACCAUUUUGAAAUGUCCAAACUCUUGGAAUGUCCAAAUGCAGAUUUUGUUGCAUGUAUCCAUAAGAAAAUCUUUUGUAGAAUUCUUCAAAUUAUUAUUGUAUAUUAGUGGUUAUUUUUUUAGUAAUAUGAACUGGAAGUUAUUUUUAUGAUUUUUACUUGCAAUAAAAUAUAAAUUUUUAUAU